UCCCAUUCUGCAGGCUUUGUCUUGCGUGCCUUUCUCUGAAUUCUGAGCUUGAAAAGGUCUCGAGAGCUCACAUGGCCCCGCUCGUUCCAUUCCCCUUUCCCCUCCCUUGACGACCUGCCUCUCCCUCUCUUGUGGUUGUGGGGUUCCUCCCAGCUGAGCUGGCCACUCGAGACAAGCACGCGGAGGUGAUCCAGUCCUCUAUCUCCAUGUAUUCAUGCGCUUGGUUGGUCCGAGAGACGGAGAUGGAGAUGGAGAUGGAACCUCUGUCUCGCAGCUGCUGCUCCCAUGGCCAUGGCCUACGCCUUCCAUGUCCGUAUCUCUGACUCUGCUCUGAGGUGGAUUAACCAACCGGUAGCGGUCCAUGGAGAUGGAGAUGGAGGAGUCCCACUUCCCGCUCCGGUGGGAGAGCACGGGCGACCAGUGGUGGUACGCCACGCCCAUCGACUGGGCGGCCGCGAGCGGCCACUACGACGUCGUCAGGGAGCUGCUCCACCUGGACGCCAAUCUCCUCAUCAAGCUCACCUCCCUGCGCCGCAUCCGCCGCCUCGAGUCCGUCUGGGACGACGACAUGCGCUUCGCCGACGCCGCCGCGAACCGCGCCUCCGUCGCCCGCUGCCUGCUCCUCGACUGCGAGUCCCGCGCUCGGCCUGGGGGGAACCGGCUCAUCCGGGCCGGCUACGGCGGCUGGCUGCUCUACACGGCGGCCGCGGCCGGGGACGCGGGCUUUGUGCGGGAGCUCCUCGGGAGGCAGCCCCUGCUGGUGUUCGGCGAGGGGGAGUACGGCGUGACCGACGUCCUCUACGCCGCCGCCAGGAGCAGGCGCCCGGAGGUGUUCCGGAUGUUGCUCAACGCGGUGCUCUCUCCGGCUGGGGAUUCGGGAGAUACCCCUGCUGCUGCUACCAAUCGUGGGGGGUACAUGUUCAGGCGCGAGAUGAUGAACCGGGCAAUGCACGCCGCGGCGAGGGGCGGUGACCUGGAGAUCCUCACGGAGCUCCUGCAGGGUUGCUCCGAUGCCGCUGCGUACCAGGACGCGCAGGGCGCCACCAUCUUGCAUGCCGCGGCUGCAAGGGGCCAAGUUGAGGUUGUGAAGUAUCUGAUUGUCGCUUUUGACAUCGUCAACUCUGUAGAUGAGCAAGGGAAUACAGCGUUGCAUAUAGCAGCAUUCCGAGGUCAUUUACCGGUGGUGGAAGCCCUGAUGACUGCAUCACCAUCACUUAUAUCAGCUAGAAAUGAAGUUGGUGACACGUUCCUCCAUAUGGCACUUACUGGCUUCAGAACUCUUGGCUUCCGAAGGCUUGAUCGUCAGAUGCAGCUCACGAAGCAUCUGGUCUCUGGAUCAAUCAUGGAUGUCAGCGAUGUAAUCAACGUGCAGAACGACGAUGGAAGGACCGUGCUUCAUCUGGCAGUGGUUGGUAAUCUGCACUCCAGCCUCGUUGAGCUCCUGAUGACCGUGCCAUCGAUCGACCUGAACGUCCGUGACAGCAACGGCAUGACUCCGCUGGAUUUACUGAGGAAGCAGCCGCACACUGCAUCGUCUGAGAUACUCAUCAAGGAGCUGAUUCUGGCCGGCGGGAUCUCGAACUCGAGGGAUCAUGAGACGAGGUCCGCCAUUGCUUCUCAACUGAAGAUGCACCACAUUGUGGGCAGCCCGGGGACUUCUUUCAGAAUCUCAGAUGCCGAGAUUUUCCUCCAUGCGGGCAUUGAUGCGUCAGGCGUCAGUGAAAGAACGAGAACAAGAACGACCUCGUUCUCUAGCGUUGGCAAGAGUGCUGAACUUGUAACCCUGGGACCUGGUAUUAAGAGGCUGAAUUCCAUGCAGAGCGCGGCUAGACACCUCAAGGUCCUGCUCAGAUGGCCGCUUCGCAAGGGGAAGAAAUCAGCUGGUAGCCCCAGGGAAUCGGACGAUGACGCCUCCUCGGUGGACUCCGUCAAGAGCUGGAGCCAUGUCGAGACUACCCCGACACCGCUGAGGCAGAGGUACUCCAAGGUGAACUCCCUAUUCGGCAACAAGCGAACCUUGGCAAGUCCAUCAAUGAAGAUGAGGUCGGCAGCUGACCACACACUGCCCGAAUCUCCCCCGGUUUCGGCCUCAUGGUCUUCGUCGUCGUUGAUCGACAAGAUCGAAGCAGUCCAUCUAGACAAAGACGAACCAUCACCCAGCGCCAGUGCAAUGAUCAGGCACACGCCUAAGAAAUAUGGAUCUCUGAACAGUAGACUUAUGAACCAGUACCUUGGCACCGGAGCACAGUUGGGGGAUUCAACCUCGGGGCAGCGGUCGAGACGAUCACUUCUGUCAGUAGUCUGAUCAGAUGAGUUAGAUGGUGCAGUUUAAAUUUGACUGAUAAGGCUGAGAUAACUAAAUAUGUCUACAAAAAUUACUAAUGCAAUGUGGGCAGGUAAGUGUAACUGAGAGCAUGAUUUCGAAAUGGAUGGAUUAUAAAGUUCCUAAAGUUAAUUA